AUGGCUAAAACCUCAACUAUAAUCUUGCUGCUCUGCAGUUUAACAUCUCUGGUUUCCAUCUCCUCAUCUGAAACUUGCUCAAACUACUCAUUCCCAGGCAACCAAGUCUUCGCUUCCUGCAUCGAUCUCCCAGUUCUUCAAGCAUCAUUACACUGGAACUACAGCCAACUCACCACAAAGGUUCAGAUUGCAUACAGAGCCGUCCAGAUUCCCAGGGGAUGGAUUGCAUGGGCGCUUAACCCAAUGGGAAGAGGCAUGAUCGGUUCUCAAGCCCUGCUCGCUUUCCGCCAUAGUAAUGGCAGCAUGAUCGCUUACUCUACUUCGAUCGCAAGCUACAACCCUCCGAUGCUACCCUCAGAGCUCGACAUUCCGGUUACGGACAUCUCGGCCGAAUAUGUCGACAAACAGAUGAUUGUAUUUGGUGUGUUGGGGCCUUUGGGGGAAUCAAACGAGUUUCAACCAUGUAUGGCAAGGUGGGAGUACGGUUUCGGACAACAUUCCUCAGAUGACGAUAGUGGAGCUGUUGGGGACGACCUCAGCAACAGUGGCCGACAGUGGAAGUUCUGGCAGUGA